AUGCCUCCCAAAACCCAUCAGAGCACCCGUCAGGUAUACCUCUUGCCGCUCACCGAUGCUGGAGCUCCGGAUGUUCCCAACGAGUACAUCUACUUGCCUGCGCCGACCGAGCCUGCGUACUACCUGCGAUUUGCCAUUGAAGGGACCAGCUCGAUAUGCCGGCAAGGAAGCCUCUGGGUUAAUUUUCCCUUAGAGGGUCAACCGUUCGACCGUAAGCGCUAUCACGAAUUCAAGCUGCACCCAGACUUCAAUCGGACGCUCGAGAUCGACAUCCCCAUCACUUCCGCUGGCGCGUUCUCAUUUUAUACCACCUACAGCCCAUUGCCAGAGUUUGCUACCGGCGACGUCGAGUCUCCUGAGCCUACCCGUACCCCCACAUACUAUGUCGACAUCGAGCCGAGCCUGCGCCUUGGUGGCAGCUGUCUGCCCCUCGAUGCCCUGGGAAUCUUCUCCGUGGUUUCCAAAUUCAUGGGCAAUUACCCUGGGGACUGGAAGAAGCAUCUGAGGGGGAUUAGUGCAAGAGGCUACAACAUGGUCCACUUCACACCACUACAACAAAGGGGAGAAUCAAACUCGCCGUAUAGCUUGUACGACCAGUUGGCGUUUGACGCGGAUCUCUUCCCCGGCGGUGAAGAUGAUGUCGCCCGAAUGGUCAAAUCCAUGGAAGAGGAACACGAGCUAUUGGGCCUGACUGAUGUUGUCUUCAAUCAUACUGCCAACAACAGCAAAUGGCUCGAGGAACACCCUGAGGCUGGUUACAGUGUAGAAACUGCUCCCUGGUUGGAAUCAGCGCUCGAUGUUGACAAUGCUCUCCUCGACUACAGCGACAAUCUCACAUCUCUCGGUCUCCCCACUGUCUUCAACAGUACCAGCGAUCUGGACCUGGUUGUAGCGGGCAUAAACGAGCAUGUUAUCCACAAGAUCCGGCUCUGGGAAUACUUCGUCUGCGAUGUCAAGUCAGACACUCAGGCUGUGAUUAAAGCAUGGAAAAAAGGCGCAGUCAAAUUACCUCCUGAGGGUUUCGAGAAUACGAUAGGUGGUGGUCUUGACUCUCUCAAAUCGUGGUCUCUCUCUCAAAAAGCGGCGUUUAUCCUUGACAAAGGUAUGCUGGACAGUCUACGUGUUGAUGGCCAGCAUUCGCGUCUUCGGAUUGAUGGACGAUUUUCGCGCAAAGUUGACCCUGGGGUUGGCGCUGCCAUUCUUACCACUCUGUUUGGACGGUACAAAGAUGAAGCAGACACCAAGCCAGCAGAGGAAGAGAUCACGGCAAUCAUCAAUGAGCUCAACCUUCCCUUCUACAAGGAGUUUGAUGCCGACUGUGCUGCAAUCUUAGACCAGACGAAGGGAAGGCUGCAAUAUACAAGAAUGGACUCGCAUGGCCCAAGACUCGGUCCCAUCACCAAAGAAAAUCCCCUAAUAGAGACUUAUUUCGCUCGGCUCCCGCAGAAUAAAACAACAGCUAAACAUGACCCAAAGGCGCUGUCACUGGCGGUCAAUGGGUGGAUUUGGGCAGCCGAUGCCAUGAAAGACAAUGCAGGUCCUGAUUGGAGACCAUAUCUAAGAAGAGAACUCAUUCCGUGGAGUGACUGUGUCAAGCUGAGAUACGGCACAGGCCCCGAAGACAAUCCUUAUCUGUGGGAGCACAUGACAAAGUAUGUUCGAUUGAUGGCCAAAUACUUUACAGCUUUCCGGAUCGAUAAUUGUCACUCGACUCCAAUCCACGUUGCCGAAUACCUUCUAGACGAGGCGAGAAAGGUGCAGCCGAACUUGGCAGUGUUCGCUGAGCUCUUUACUGGCAAUGAGCAAAUGGAUUACGUUUUUGUCAAGCGGCUUGGACUGAGUGCCUUGAUUCGAGAAGCUAUGCAAGCUUGGAGCACACAAGAAUUGAGCAGGGUCGUCCACCGACAUUGUGGUCGACCAAUUGGCAGCUUUGAACUCAACGUGCCCUCCAGUCUACAUAACAAGCUCGAAAACGGCUCUGUCAAUGGCGAUGGCCCACAAACUCGUGAGGUAGUCAAACAUAUCAGAGAAUCCCCGGUACAUGCUCUAUUCAUGGAUUGUACCCAUGAUAACGAAAUGCCCGCUCAGAAGAGAGAUGCCCGGGACACGUUACCUACAGCUGCACUUGUAAAUAUGUGCGGUUGUGCAACAGGCAGCGUCAUGGGCUUCGAUGAGAUCUACCCAAAGCUUGUCGAUCUUGUGAACGAUAAACGCAGGUACGCAUCCAUCAGCUCCGAGGGCGAAGUCCAUACCGGUGCUGGCGAGGGAGGGAUAGCUGGCGUCAAGAAGCUCAUGAACCAUAUCCACACCAUGAUGGGCAAGGAUGGGUACGACGAGACCUUCCUUCACCACGAGGGCGAGCUCAUCACUCUCCAUAGAGUGCAUCCGGACUCGCGAAAGGGAUAUUUCCUGAUUGCUCAUACUGCUUUCCCUGGCUUCGGCAACGGAAAUGGCGGCAUGAGUCCUGUACACCUUGCUGGAACCAAAGUCCGUCCUCUCGGUGCAUGGGUACUGGAAGUUGACCAAAGCGAGCAAGCCAAGAAAGAGGCGCUAGGCGACAAAGAAUACCUCGUUGGUCUACCCUCUCGCGUGAGAAAUAUCAAAGGCAGCACAAUUCAUACCGAAAAUGGUGACACUACCAUCACUAUUGCCGACUUCUUUCCCCCCGGAUCGAUUGCACUUUUCGAGACCUGGGUUCCGUCUGCCGAGCACUCCCUCGGUCUUGGAACCUUCAUCUCCAGCGGGACCGAUGAAGCGUUCGGCGAGCUCGAUCUUAUCGAUAUUAAUUUUGUUCUCUAUCGAUGCGAAGCAGAGGAAAGGGAUACCAGUGACGGACAAGACGGGGUAUAUAACGUUCCAAAUUAUGGCCCACUGGUCUAUGCAGGCCUUCAAGGCUGGUGGAGCGUUUUGGAACCCAUUGUCCGUCGGAACGAUCUGGGCCACCCACUUUGCAACCACCUUCGACAAGGACAGUGGGCUCUAGAUUUCCUGGUUGGACGGAUGGAGAGAAUAGCCAAGAAAGAGGACUAUACUCGACUACAAAAGCCUGCACAAUGGCUGAAGGAACGAUUCGACGCAGUACGGGUCAUCCCAAGCUUUCUUCUGCCACGUUAUUUUGCUUUGAUCCUACAGACUGCGUACGAUGCGGCUUUCAAGAGAGCUAUUGAGCUGAUGAGCCCAAACAUUCAACAUGGUCAAAACUUUUUGCAGAGUCUGGCUGUGGUGAGCAUUCAACAGACAGGAUAUGUCAAAUCUGCGUCACUGUGGCCAGACAAAAGUGUGCCAUCACUCGCUGCUGGAUUGCCUCACUUUUCAGUAUCAUGGGCUCGAUGCUGGGGUCGCGACGUUUUCAUCUCUCUUCGAGGUCUAUAUCUGUGUACUGGUCGGUUUGCGGAAGCCAAAGAGCAUAUCAAGGCGUUUGGAAGUGUCUUGAAACAUGGCAUGAUACCCAACCUGUUGAGCAGCGGCGCUGCCCCGAGAUACAACUCUCGAGACUCACCGUGGUUCUUCUUGCAAAAUAUCCAAGAUUAUACCAAGAUUGCACCGGAUGGACUGUCUAUUCUGCAGGAAAAAGUUCCUCGUCGGUUCUUACCGUACGAUGACACGUGGUUCCCUUGGGAUGACCCCCGAGCAUAUUCGAAAGAAUCCACUGUUCAAGAGAUCAUCCAAGAGAUCUUACAACGACACGCGUCCGGGUUGUCUUUUCGAGAACACAACGCUGGGCCUCAGCUGGACAUGCAGAUGCGACCGGAAGGGUUCCAAAUCGAGGUCCAUGUUGAUUGGAAAACUGGCAUUAUUUUCGGAGGCAGUCAGUGGAACUGUGGAACGUGGAUGGACAAAAUGGGCGAGAGUGAACGAGCUGGCAGCAAAGGCGUUCCUGGCACGCCUCGAGACGGGGCUGCCGUCGAGAUUACAGGACUUCUAUACAGUGCGCUGAGAUGGGUUGGCCAGCUCCACGAGGCAGGGAACUAUCCAUGGUCAGGUGUUGAAACCGACUCUGGCGAGAAGAUCUCCUUCAUUGAGUGGGCUGACCGUAUUCGAGCCAAUUUCGAAAAAUGCUAUUGGAUCCCCGUGGAUCCGAAAGAUGACAUUGACGACGAUGUGGACCCAAAGAUUAUCAAUCGGAGGGGGAUCUAUAAAGAUCUCUACAAGUCUGGAAAAGAGUACGAGGAUUAUCAGUUGCGACCGAACUUUCCAAUUGCUAUGGUGGUCGCUCCGGAUCUCUUCACUCCAGAACGAGCACUGCAUGCGCUGAAAGUGGCGGACGACGUGCUUCGUGGUCCUACCGGAAUGGCGACGCUGGACCCUUCUGACUUGAACUACCGGCCAUAUUACAACAACUCGGAAGACUCGACGGAUUUUGCAACAUCCAAAGGGAGAAAUUAUCAUCAGGGGCCCGAAUGGUUAUGGCCCACAGGCUUCUUCUUGCGCGCAUUGCUCUACUUUGAUCUGAAGCGCCGGACGGACUCUGCGGGGAGAAUGGAGUCGUACCAACAGGUCACAAGACGACUCGAAGGAUGCAAGCAAGCGAUUAAGGAUAGUCCUUGGAAGGGAUUGACAGAGUUAACGAACAAAAAUGGGUCAUUCUGCGCGGAUUCGUCCUACUACAUCACCAACCCCAACGUCGGCAACAAGGAGUCUACCGAAGACUGGCGAAUCAGAGGCUACAACCCUCUCACCCCUCCAGAUCUGCUCCAACAUGAAAUCCCUCAGACUCCUGCCAGCAAGUCCACGGUGCUUGCAGGUCGCUCCGACUGUGUCUCCGUGGUCCAAGACAGGGAUCCCCUGCGCCGCCUCCUCGUGAUUAUCGGCCCCUGCAGCAUCCAUGACCCCGUCUCGGCGCUCGAAUACUGCGAUCGUCUGCUCAAGAUGAAGGAGAAAUAUAAAGACGAACUAGUCAUUGUGAUGAGGUCCUACUUGGAAAAGCCGCGCACGACAGUGGGGUGGAAGGGCCUGAUCAAUGACCCGGAGAUCGACGGCAGUUUCCUGAUUAACAAAGGCUUGAGAUUGUCGAGGCAGUUGUUUGUCGAUUUGACGUCGAAAGGGAUGCCGAUUGCCAGCGAGAUGCUGGAUACUAUUUCCCCCCAGUUUCUGGCCGAUCUGCUCUCGAUCGGGGCCGUAGGAGCCAGGACAACGGAGAGCCAGCUACAUCGAGAACUCGCAUCCGGUCUGAGUUUCCCCGUGGGCUUCAAAAACGGCACAGAUGGCACGCUCGGUGUGGCGAUUGAUGCAAUCGGCGCGGUGAAACAUCCUCAUCACUUCCUGUCCGUGACCAAACCUGGCGUGGUGGCGAUUGUCGGCACCGUGGGGAACGAGGACUGCUUCGUCAUUCUGAGGGGCGGUACUACCGGGACAAACUACGACGCCACGUCGAUAAAGAAUGCCAAAGAGAUGUUGCGCAAGAAGGGACUGAACGAGCGCGUCAUGGUGGAUUGCAGUCAUGGGAACAGUGAGAAGCAGCACAAGAACCAGCCCAAGGUCGCAAAGGUGCUGGCCGACCAGAUCGCUGCAGGCGAGGAGGCUAUCAUGGGGGUCAUGAUCGAGAGUCAUAUCAAUGAAGGAAACCAAAAAGUACCUCCGGAAGGCAAGGCCGGGCUGAAGUACGGCGUCUCCAUCACCGACGCAUGUAUAGGUUGGGAAGACACCGAGACAGUGCUGGAAACUCUCGCCGAUGCAGUCAGAAGACGACGAGACUUGCUGGGAAGGAAAGAGGUAAAUGGGGCCGCGGGCCCUCAGCAGAAUGGACAUGCUUAA